CCCGGACCUACCCCCGGCGCAUGCGCAGACAUGGCGCCGGCCCAGCUGAGGCGGCGCAGGCUGGAGGAGUGGGUCUCGCUGCCAUUUUAAAACAAUCGUAAGCUCAAACAGCGAAGGGUUUCUGGUGAUGUAAGGAGGUCGGCUUGAUGUGGUCCCAAUCCCAGCAUGUCCAAAGCCUGCUCAAAGUUCUGUGGGAUGUCACGCAGGAGAGUGCUUUCGGCGGGCCAUUGAGAGUUUCAGGAAAAUACCAGGGGCAUUAAACAGCUUGAAGGACUUUCCCGGAGAGAGUGUGCCUUCAACAGAUCUAAUUAUCCUCUGUCACUCGUGUGUGGCAGUGAACCCCCGGGGUAGCUGUGUGACAUGCUGCAGAGUGUCCAGGCAUCAGCUGGCAAGUGCUGCCUCUGGUACAGCUUGUCCUCACGGAGAAUCUCCACAGCACUGUACAGGUUUAGUGCUGGCGAUUACUACGCCACCCUCGGAAUCAAACCAGACGCAACGCUCAAGCAAAUCAAGCAGGCUUUCCUCGACCAGUCAAAAAAGCUCCAUCCGGACAUCGACCUGUCCAACCCAGAGCUCCACAGCCGGUUUGUGAGGCUCAAUGAGGCCUACAGUGUGCUGAGCAAGCCCAGCAGCCGACAGGAGUAUGACACAAAGCUGAGGAUGCAGCGACAUGCCCCCUUUGGACCGCCCUCCGACCCCGCGGGGAGCAGCAGCAGCAACCAAGGCGAUCCCUUCUCUUCCGCCAUGAAGUCGCCCCCAGGCUAUGGGUUCGAAAGAUCCGAGCAGCAGAGGUACUGGGAGCAGUUCCGGUAUCCCACACCAGAUGAAUAUGCAGCCUUUCAAGCCACCAAGAAGCGGAAGAGGAAUAUGAAAGCUUUCGGCUACUGUAUCUUCGUUAUGUUGGCUGGCGUAUUCAUCCACUAUUUUGGUUUCAGGAAACUUGAAGAAUUUCACAAAGAUUUCAUGGACAACAAGGACCGGGUCAUAACGAAGAUCUAUAACGAAUCCAAGGAGCGAGCGAGGGCGAACGGCUUCAAGAAACAGCAAGAAAUCCUGCGGCGGAAGCACGCAGAGUUUGUGGAGAAGUACAAGCUGAAGAAACGAGGGGGCGACGAUUGAUGAAGACCCCACUGGGCGCGGAGGUGGCACCCUGCACUGAUCACCAACGGCCCCUGGCUUACGUGUGUGUUCACACCACCCGUCUUAGUGACACCUUCUCCCGUUAAAUUGACUCCCGAAAAGACAAGAAAGCGCAGGCUACUCGUUUGCGCCUGCUCACUCCCGGGGCUUGGCAAUGUAUCGUCCGGCACUCGUUGGGUCUCCUCUGUUCUUAUGGGCGUGGGGAACUUUUUCACAUCUUUGUUCUCUCUCUCUCUGUGGCGGUUUAAGACGCCGAGCAUCUUCCUCGGCCACUUCCACAAUCGGUAUGGGGACUGGAGUCACGUAAGGGCCCAGACGAGGGCCUGGUCCCGAGAGGGGACCAGUCGACCACAAUCUGGCACCUUCGAGCUCGUUGUGUUUUUUUUCCCGGGUGAGGCCUGCUUUUUAAAUUCCGGACGUUUUUGAAAGCUCCGUUCAAAUUCCUAAAUGGCGGGUGGCCGGGGUUCGAACCUGGGUUCCGAGGGUGACAGGGUCCGUAAGCCUCGGAAACCUGUGGUUACUCGAAGCAACGGUCUUCAUUUCAAAACAAGCCCAACCCCUUUCUUCGCUCCAGUGCAUCAUUGCCGUCAAGAGUUAUUCCUGCCUGACUUGCGGUUCAGUAACUGAUUGGCCCAAGGUUGGCAGGGAGAACUCAUUCAUUUUGUGUGUACGGGGCCCAGCUGAAGCACAAAAAUGGAUUUAGCCGACAUCUGAAUUUGAUUUUAGAGCAUUGAGUCUGCAAAUUGUGCUUCACCCGCGAAAUAAAUUUCACUGGGGACAAGG